AUGCAUUCCACUUUAAUAUGCCUUAUAUGGCUCUUUUGUACCAUGUGUACGGCCAAAGUGCAUACUUUCCACUGGGAAAUUGCUUGGAAACUUGACAAUCCUGAUGGGAUGAAGGAACGUCAAGUUAUAGCCAUCAACAACAAGACUCCUUUACCCACAAUUCGAGUUAAAACAAACGAUAGAGUUAUAAUACAUGCUACCAAUAAAUUGGGGAAUCAAAAUACCUCUAUUCAUUUCCAUGGACUUUUCCAAAAUGGUUCAAAUUCAAUGGAUGGCCCAGAAUUUGUUACGCAAUGUCCUAUAGCACCAGGAUCAACAUAUAUUUAUGAUUUCAAAGUUCCAAAUCAGGAAGGAACCUAUUGGUAUCAUUCUCAUAGUGGACCUCAAUAUGGUGAUGGGUUAAGAGGGAUGUUUAUAAUUGAACCUGAAAAUGUUGACGCAUACCCCUUUAAAUUUGAUGAUAAAAUAACCCUUUCACUAACUGAUUGGUACCAUAAAGAGGCAAAGGAAAUCAAAAAGACAUUUAUGAGUAGAUUUAAUCCUACAGGCGCUGAACCAAUUCCUCAAAAUGCAUUGUUCAACUAUACCAGAAAUGCUACUUGGCAUGUGGCACCCAAUACGAAGUAUUUCAUACAAAUUGCUAAUAUGGGUAUGUUUGUUUCCCAAUAUCUCUUCAUUGAAAACCAUAACUUUACCAUUGUCGAGGUAGAUGGGGUUUAUGUUAAACCCCAAAUGACAGACUCUAUUUACAUAGCUGUUGGCCAACGGUAUGGUGUGCUUAUUGAAACUGGUGAUUUCCAUGAAAAUUUUAGAUUUCUUAAUGUCAUUGAUAAACCCAUGUUGGAUACCAAACCAGCUGAGUUGCAAUAUAUAUCAACAAAUUGGAUUGUUUAUGAUGAUAAGAAACCUUUACCUCCAGCUUUGGAGAAUAAUGAAGGAUCCUUUGACUCAUUUCUUCAAAACAUUGAUCCCUUUGAUGACUUCAAUUUAAAACCUUUAACUAAAUCACCCUUGAUGGAGGCAGCAGAUUACACUAUUAACUUGGAUUUUAAGAUGGAAAAUUUAGGAGAUGGAGUUACAUAUGCGCUUUUCAAUAAUUUCAGUUAUGUUGCUCCAAAGGUUCCAACAUUAAUGACAUUGUUAUCAAGUGGAAAGCUUGCAUCCAAUGACAAAAUUUAUGGGACCAAUACGAAUACAUUUGUCCUUCAACAUAAUGAAGUAAUCGACAUCAUACUUAACAAUAUGGAUCCAGGGAAACAUCCAUUCCAUUUACAUGGUCACACAUUUCAAGUGAUUGAACGUUCUCCCCCAAGUUCCGAUGACAAUCCCAUUACAUAUGAUCCUAAUAACCACGCUGAAUUCCCCUUGAACCCAGUGAUUAGAGAUACAGUGAUGGUUAAUGCUAACGGUUACGUCGUGCUUCGUUUCUGUGCAAAUAACCCUGGGGUUUGGUUCUUUCAUUGUCACGUUGAUUGGCAUUUGGAACAAGGACUUGCGAUUGUAUUGGUUGAGGCACCAUUUGAGGUUCAAAAGUCUCAAUCACUUUCAAGUGCUCAAUUGCAUGUUUGUAAACAAAGCCGAGUUCCUACUAGCGGUAAUGCAGCAGGAAGAUAUGGUAAAUCUGAGAAAGAUUGGUUGAAUCUUGAAGGUGAAAACAUACAACCACAACCAUUACCUCCUGGGUUCACUCUUAAGGGAUACAUUGCUUUCUUUUUGUGUGCAGCUUUUGCUUGUUGGGGUUUACUAUCCAUCUACAAAUAUGGCAUUGAAGAUGUUGCUGCUGAUGAUGGAGAAGAAAUGAUUAUGAAAUUAGAAAGUUUACUUGAAGAGAAUGGAGGCCUGGGCCCAGAAGAUACGAGACCCUUAACAGGCGAAGACUCGAAUGCUUAA